ACCACUUGAGCCACCGCAGCUCCUGACUACCUUUACAGGCUAGCAAAAGCGGAGGGAGCUGAUCCGACAGCUGCCCCUUGGGGCUCCGCGGGCAGCUCUCCGCCCUUUGCAGAUGAUCCCUUUCGGUGAGGUGAUCUCUAUGGCUUCGCUGGGGUAGGGGAUGCUGGAAGAAGCAGCGCCGCGUCCUAUUCCCGCCCUCCAUUGCCGGCAGAGAAACAGAGCCUCAAGAUGCGGAUCAGCGCAGAGAUGGGUCGCCGAGCCUGCUGCAAUCAAGCCUUGGUGAUUUUGCAGAAACAGGAAUGCAAUGUGUUUGAUCGGUGCUAUGAAAUGGCUGCUGUUAUUAGUCGGAGCAUCCCUGAAAAUCAGUGUUAAUGACUCAGAAGUACAGACAAAGCUGAUAUUUUGUUGAAAUAAAAGCCUUGCGGAGAUGCCCAGUGAGAACACUAGUGGGAUGGAAGAACCUGCAUUAAGGGAGAGCAAGAGCGGGACACAAAGCCCUCAGCGCAACUCCUUACGCAGAGCUGUAGCUACUGCAGUGACCUUUGAUGGAGAGACAACUACAGACAGAAGGAAGAAGAGAAAGAAAGAACCCCGCCCAGAAUCGAUAAUCGUGUAUCGGACAGGAAAUGAGAACAAGGUGGAAGAAGAACAGGUGGAUGAGGAGGAGGGUGAGAAAAAUUCAGAGGAAGGCUCCAAGUUCUUGGGACACUCUAUAGGAGAUGGUCCUUGGGCUAUGCCCUUAGAUAGCAGAUAUGUUACUUUAACUGGAACCAUCACAAGAGGAAAGAAGAAAGGCCAGAUGGUGGAUAUUCACGUUACACUGACUGACAAAGAGCUGCAAGAGCUGACUAAGUCGAAAGACCCUCCCAAAACUGAAAUGCCAGAAGGGAAGAAAGCUUGUGAAAUUGGGCUGGCUAAGGGCCCCCACAUCCUUCUCUGGAGCCUUGCCAGCCUCCCCGUCAUCUUCAUUAUGUCCUUUGUGGUUUCCUUUUACUAUGGGACCAUCACCUGGUACAAUGUCUUCUUAGUGUACAAUGAAGAGAGGACCUUCUGGCACAAGAUCACCUUCUGCCCCUUUCUAAUCAUCUUCUACCCAAUCAUAAUCAUGGUUGUUUCCUGCUCCCUGGGCCUCUAUACAGCAGUGACUCAGAUCUCAUGGGCCUUUGGGGAUUGGUGGCAUGCUGUGAGAGAUAUGGAAAAAGGGUUCUGCGGCUGGCUUUGCAGCAAGAUGGGCCUAGAAGACUGUUCUCCAUACAGCAUUGUUGAGCUAUUAGAUUCUGACAAUGUCUCAGGUAGCCUGUCGGCUAAAGGCUCAGCACAAGGUGAAGAGAUUUCAGCUGUCUGAGUCUUUGCUCUAAGGACUCCAGAUUUUUCAUGUUCACAUGUAUUCCAAAUGUACCUUGAGUGACUAAAGCAGGCAUGCACAUAUGCACAGUCUUGAUUAAUAAAGCCCUGGAAGAUCAUUAAAACAAUUUGGGGGGGGGAACAAACAUGGCAUAGUCCCACCAAAAAGUGUCCCCUUGAGCAGGAGUGGGCAACCUGGGUUGCUCAAGCCAUGUCAGACCCAGUUCCUAGUACAUUUAGUGGUUUACAGUGUCUGAGUUAGUCCCAAUUUGAAUGCUUUCGCUGUCAGAAGGGUAGCAUGUGCAAGAUUUAGAAUUAUAAUCUAGUCAUAUUCAUGACUUCAACAUGCAAGAGAAGAAGCGUUGAUCCAGAAGAAUAGUCAGAUGUUGUUUUGCCUACUUCCAUUCUAAUAUGCUUGGGAGGACUGUGCCACAAGCUUUCUCUGAAUGAUUUAGCUUAGGGCCAGUUUAUACCACUUUGGCCUGCAGGUGGGAGUGCUGCAUAUUUGAAUGUACUCCCACAACAUAUCCUUAUGCACAUACAAAAACACGAUGUAACUGAGAAAGCUCAGCCUCUCUGGUGUGCAGGGUUUUUUAAUGUAUAGGGUUAGGGUGUGUAUGUUGAGGGUGGGCCACCUGAAAACAGAGUUUCCAUCAUGCCCUGCCCACAGCCUAAU